GGAAUACUCGGGUCGGGUUUUGCCCUAAAAGUCCAACAAAAGCAACGUCAAAAGCACUUCAACCGUCAGAUACCAGCCGCAGCGAUGUUGAUCCAGUGUCUGUGGCGAUGUUACGCCGCUGACAAAGCCAUCAACAGUGUAGCAACCUGGAAUAUUUACAUUAAGGACCCGGCACCUGGCGGACAACCCUCCACGCCGCUCGGCAAGGUGGCAAAGAAGGCGAGCGUGCUGAAGCGGAGAAAAUCCCGGAAUCGGAUGGAGAUGCAGGGCUCCCAGACCUCUGGGCUGCCCUCUAUAAUGACGCCGAGUUCCGGACCUGGAACUGGAACUGGAACCCAGACCGACAGCCAACGAAUCGACAACGAGGGCGACGUCGUGUUCUACAUGGAGGAGCCCAAAGCAGGAACGCCCAACAGAGCUCGUCGGGACAAUAGGGGUAGCCUGUUUACGUCGCAAACCAGCUCGGUGACAGAAGCUGCCAGCGACGAGAUCGAUAUCGACAUCGAAGAGCCCCAGAGGGUAACAACGCUCACCGAGGCGCAUCGAAACGCGAUAAGGGCCAUCAGAAAGAUCAAGUACUUUGUAGCACGGAGAAAAUUUCAACAGGCGCGAAAACCUUAUGAUGUCAGAGACGUUAUCGAACAAUACAGUCAAGGGCAUUUGAAUAUGAUGGUGCGAAUUAAGGAGCUACAGAGGAGAUUGGAUCAGACCCUGGGUAAGCCAGGGAGCUAUCUGGCGGGAAUCGACCGGGCUGGCAAUGUGAAACCCAUGACGAUCGGCGCACGUUUGUAUCGCGUUGAGCAGCAGUUGGCAGUGAUGGACAAGAAGCUUGACCAACUAGUAUACGUGCUGAACGCGAUGGCCCAAAAGCAGCAGAUACCGCUGAGAAGCAUAGAGGACGAAGUGUAA